AUGGAUGGGACGCUCUAUUUUAAGGGCAAACCUUGCCCCGGAGCAAUCGAAGUUGUUAACUACUUGCGCCAGGAAAAGUAUCAACUCCGAUUUCUGACGAACACGACUGCCAAAACCCCAAAGAUGCUUCACGCGCAGAUGCGAGAAUUGGGGUUUGACAUCUACGAAGAUGAAAUUUUUAAUGCGACUUACGCGUGUCUCCUCUACUUACGCUCACAGUCUGAGGCAAGUUGCCACUUUAUGGUCGAUGAUGCCGUCAAAGCAUUUUUCAAGGAGAUACCUAUAGACGACGAUGCCCCCGAUUUUGUCGUUGUUGGGGACUACGGUGAAGGCUUCGACUUUCACGCUUUAAAUCACGCUUUUCGCCUGUUGAUGGAUGGCGCGGAACUGAUCGCCCUCCAAAAAUCGCUCUACUGGUUCUCUCCUGAAGGGAUAUUCUUGGAUUGCGGUGCGUUCGUGACGCUUCUGGAGGCUGCUGCGGGCAAAACUGCGACAAUUAUGGGCAAGCCGAGUGAGACGUUCUUCAAAACCGUGCUUGAUAACCUUCAACUCGCUCCAAGGGACACAAUUGUGGUGGGCGAUGACAUUACCACCGACAUAGUUGGGGCGGAAAGAAUGAAGAUGCGAAGUAUCCUCGUCAGGACUGGGAAAUUUAAACCCAAUCAUUUGGAAAACCCCGUUGCGAAACCGACAUGGGUGCUUGAUAGCGUUUCGGAGUUAAUGCAACUUUUUUAA